CAUAUGUCGAACUGAACGCAACCAGACUGCUGGCGACCUUUUGUCAUGUCGACCGACAUCGAAGAUGCACAGGAGACGACCCAUUACGUACCGGAAGGCAUACCCCCACGAAGUACAAGACCCUCCCGGCGCCACCUGUAUCAGCCUUUGACAAAUUUGGCAGCUUCUGGUGGAGGCUGCCCAAAUGAUCCCCGGGAAAACGUUGCUGCUCAAGCAUCCACUGGCCGCCUGGUUUGGACUUUUGUUGUUGGUGGCGUUCUUGGGGCUGCUGCAGCAGGCUGCUUCCUUUUCAGCGCCAACCGUCAGAAAAGAGCUCGUAGCAUUGUCUCGGGGAUUGCGACCAUCAAUGCUUGUGAAGGCAAAGACUGUACGAGCUUUGAUUGCGAAAAAGAUCAAGGUGAUUGGGUCGAGAAGUGGUCAAAUUCCAAGAAGCUCUAUUGCUGUGGGAUGACCUGCCUGGAGAAGUCCAUAAGGUUGAAGAAGAAGAUGCCAAGUGGACCUCCUGCUGUGCCGAAGCUCUCAGUGCCGCAUUCCACGACUACGACUACGACUACUACGAACACCACCACAAUUAAAGUGACUACGACUAGCACCGCUGAGACUACUGCAGCGACAACUUCCAAACACGCAGUGGUGCACCCUGAGCCCAAGAUCCAUGCACCCUCGCUUUUAAAAGGGAUCAGCUAUUGCCCAGUGCCGGUGAAAGCCACAGAGUCAUUGAAGUCUGAUGAUUGGAUGACAGACUUAGCCAAACCACUCUGGAGUGCAUCUGGGCGUGGAGACCUUCAUGUCAUGCAUUCACUAGGUGCCAAUGCGGUUCGGCUCUAUGGCAACAAUCCGGAGCUUGACCACGCGCACUUCCUGGAUGAAGCGCGUGCAAAUGAUUUGAAGGUGAUCCCUGGCAUGAGCGAUUUCCCCUACUACCAAGACCCGACAACAAGCUGCGUUGCCACACAAUAUAACUGCUUCAGCCAAAUCAAGAAGCAGUAUGGAGAGAAUCUGAAGAAUGGCUUCUUGACAAAAGAGAAGCAGUACCAUCCAGCAUUGAGGUACUUCAUUUUGAUCAAUGAGCCUGAUCUGAAGAUGCCUCGCACCGCCAACAGUGCUCCCGGGGAUGCUGCGUUGCUGGCAAAAGCCAUCGUCAGCUCUUUCGACGCUGUGUUGGAUGCUGAGAAGGAUGCACGAGUAGUGGGGACCGUCAUCAACUUUACAACCACCUUCUCCUAUGCCAUUUGCACUGCCUGCCCCAACAACGAGGGUCUGCCCGCCUUGGGGCAAAUGCUGCUGAUUGAGGAUGCCAUGAGGUCUCCCGAAAAGUAUGGCUACAGGCCAAAGCACCAGCUCUACCCGGCCUACCUUCAGAGAUGGGUCAACAGCUUUAACACAGCCAACUCAGCGGCCGAUCUUCAGCGUACAUUCUUUACUCACUACGGGAAGGUCUUCCCCACGACUCCCGUCUUCAUUGGCGAGUAUCAUAAGCCGGAAGGACCGGUGCUCGCUGAAGUCAAGGAUAUUCUACACCUUACCACCACCAUGCCGCUAUUUCUAGGCAUCUCUUUCUUCGAGUUCCAAGUUGCAUACUGGAAGGGUGGCGCAGAAAUGGCCUUCGGCCUAUUUGGGCUCGGUGGCUACCCCAUUGGCCACUUCAAGUAUGCAGAUGGAGCAAAAUAUACAUCUUGGUGCUUGCAGCCACAGUUGGUGGGCGGAGCCCUGCUGCCUGACGCCCUCGCUGAAGCCUACGGUGGCCACGCGCCGGAUGUGUCAGAGCUUUGCCUGCCGCAGCCCGAUACAGUGCCACUCUCUCAACUGGGCUACAAUUUGAUUGUGGGGUUGAAAGAUAUGGACAAGUUCCAACGUUUUGUCGCUCGGGUUGCCACCCACUUGGGCUUGGAUGUGGUCGAUGGCAAUGGCUUGAAGGAGUUUGCCAAGAUAUACAUGGAUGGCUCAGGGCCUGGCUACCAAUUUGACAACGUUGUCAAAGACAUGCAACACAGGAUGCCUUGGUUAACGAGAAGCGACGGAGCCCGCUGCGUGGCAGAUCGCAAUGCCUCCACUGUUGCGGUGGAAACUGCUAUCAAAUGGGGCUGUGCGCAUCUUUCAGGUAGUUCCAGCUGUGAUCAGAUAAACGCCGCGUGCCUCACGGCCUUUGAGAAGGGUGAUUGGGUGUUCAGUCGCUAUUUCCAAAGUGUUCACGACCAUGCAGACCCCUUGCAGCAGUGCAACUUUGGAGGGGCAGCAAUGUAUGCCACGCCAUCAGUCUUUUCACAACAUGCUGCUCCACAGUGCGUUCUACCCUAGGACUUUAGGUGCAGCAAAGCCCUGCACCAAAUGCAGGCGUCUCACCCAUUUCUUGCUUAUAUACAUAGUCAGCUGCAUCCAUGAUUAGCGACACAGCAAAA